UUCUACGAUAAAAACAUUACCUAAAAAUUAAUAAACUGUAUUAUUAUUUAGUUUAAAAAUACAAUAUCAUUGUAAUAAUACGACAAAUACAUUUAAAUUUGCAUAAAAAAUGCCAGUGGACAACGAAGAUGAAUUUGCCGACUUUAAGAUACCACCAAUCUUCGAGGAUUUCAACGAACGCGUUAAAGAAUACAUUUUAAAGCCAGAGAGGCUUUCCAUUCAUAAGUGGGAAAGGUCGCAGACCCAUUGGCAUAGAAAAACUGAUAUAGAUUCCUUGUUAAAAACAGACGAUGAUGACAUUGGCCCGGACACAACCCUAGAAGUGGUACGAGACCCUCUUACUGGGGAGAUUGUAGGGUUAGAAGAGAUUAGCAUUCCUAAUGAGGAUGAUGAGGAGAGUUUGUCUAUGGCACGGGCUCCUUUGCCACCGAGCCUGGCCACAAGAGGAACUACUACACAGAGCCCGUUCAUUCCCGCUGGUUUUGAAGAGGAACUCCAGAAAAUCCUGGAGGAUGCUGCCUCUACUGAGAUAAAUAUUAAUAUGGACAAAGAUGAACCUGGAAAGUUUUUGGGAGAAGAUAUCUUAACAACUCCUCCUGGUAAAAAAGAAGGGGUUCUAUUUGCAGAAGAUGGAGUCACAGUUCUCAAUCAUACAGAGAGCAGAGGCGAGGCGGAAAAUCUUGAGAAAACUGAUAACAUUGAUAUCCAGAUUAAUAUCAAUCUUGAAGAAAUUGUUGACAACAAUGUCCACCUGGAAGGUCUUUGGAGAGAUGAUGACGAAACACCAAAAGAGAAACCAAAACCAAAGAGAGUUGAGUCAGAUACAACUGUGCAAGAUGAUAACUUCUUAGAAAGCACCAUAAUCCAACCUCCAGUAGAGUUACCGGAAAUUCCAGUUUUGAACAUCACCAGUAGUUCUGUAAGAACUGGGGUGACUUCUACCGAGUGGGCGGAAAUGAUAGACGUUUCACUGCCAGUACCAGAUUUCAAAGAGAAAAUCAAGGAUAUGGCACAUAGUUACCCAUUUGAGUUGGAUAAUUUCCAAAAGCAGGCUAUCUUGAAGCUAGAAGAAGGCCAUCACGUGUUCGUGGCGGCGCACACGUCCGCCGGGAAAACAGUCGUGGCUGAAUAUGCUAUUGCUAUGUCAAGAAGAAAUUGUACAAGAGCAAUUUACACGUCGCCAAUCAAAGCGCUCUCCAACCAGAAGUACAACGACUUUAACAAACAGUUCGGUGAAGUCGGCCUCCUUACCGGAGACCUUCAAAUCAACGCCACGGCAUCUUGCCUGGUCAUGACCACGGAGAUAUUGAGGUCAAUGUUGUACUGUGGUAGUGACGUUACCAGAGACUUAGAAUUUGUCAUAUUCGAUGAGGUGCACUAUAUUAAUAAUGCGGAGCGAGGCUACGUAUGGGAAGAAGUUCUUAUUCUCCUACCAGCCCACGUUAGUAUAGUGAUGUUGAGUGCAACUGUACCGAACACGUUACAGUUUGCAGACUGGGUUGGACGAACAAAAAAGCGAAAAGUCUAUGUAGUAUCUACACCAAAACGGCCAGUACCACUAUGUCACUACUUGUACACAGGUUCUGGAGGUAAAUCGAAGCACGAAAGAUUCUUAGUCAUUGAUCAAGAUGGUAACUUUCAACUCAGAGGGUACAACGAAGCGGUCGCCGCUAAGAAAGCGAGGGAGAAUGAACAUAAGAAAAACUUUGGUCCUAAAGGUAAUAAACAGUAUAUGAAUCCUAAAGCGGACCAGACAAUGUGGGUGGCAUUCAUAGACCACCUCAAACAGAAGGACAAACUGCCAGUGGUUGCUUUUACUUUGUCUCGUAACAGAUGCGACCAAAACGCCGAAAACUUGAUGUCAGUCGACUUGACUACUGCCAAAGAGAAAGGUCACAUAAGAUCUUUUUUCCAAAGAUGCUUGCAGAGGCUGAAGGAACCGGACAGAAAAUUACCACAAGUGAUAAGAAUGCAAAGAGUCCUGGAAAAUGGCAUUGGUGUACAUCACAGUGGUAUUUUGCCACUGCUCAAGGAAAUAGUAGAAAUGUUGUUCCAGACUGGAUUAGUAAAGAUCCUAUUUGCGACGGAGACGUUCGCGAUGGGCGUCAACAUGCCCGCGCGCACGGUAGUGUUCGACGAAGUCACGAAAUUCGACGGAAAAGAGCGACGAACUUUGGCACCAGCCGAGUAUAUACAGAUGGCGGGGCGCGCCGGAAGAAGAGGUCUGGACGACACUGGAACUGUGAUAAUUCUAUGCAAAGAAGGUGUACCAGACCAAAUGACGUUGAAGGGGAUGAUGCUAGGAACCCCACAAAGGCUAUCUUCGCAGUUUAGGCUAACAUAUGCCAUGAUUUUAAGUCUGCUACGUGUAGCAACAGUAUCAGUAGAAGGCAUGAUGCAGCGUUCAUUUCGAGAGUUCAAUCAGAUCUGCCAAGCGGACAAUUACAAGAAACAACUACAACUUGCCGAGAAGGAAUAUUCAGAGAAAUGCAGUACACCGCUGGCUGCGCACUUGGCGCCGUUAGCCGCUUUCUACGACACCGCAGCAAGCUAUAUCGACGUGUUGAAUGAUAUCAUGCCGAUGCUGUUGAACUCACCGAAAUUGGUGAAGGAAUUGACGCCUGGUAGAAUUUUUGUAGUGUCGGCUGGACCGUAUAUAAAUCAAUUGGGUGUCUUUUUGAAUAGCAGUGGUCCGCGUCAAACGCCCUACAAAGUGUUAGUACUAAACACAAACGAACAAGACCCUACGCGUUACAAUUUCGAUGUGGACGACAACUGGUUCAGAAUGUUGAGUUUCUCAGCUAUGUAUGAUUUUAUAGGCACGGAGGAAAGCACAUUAGAACACACUAUUUUAUGUAUCGCUCCCAAAAACAUAGUGGCUGUAACCAAAUUAUCCCUGAAAAUAGAUGCCAACAUAAUCAUUCAAGACUGGGAAAAAAGACAGAUGCCACGUUUCAAAGACGCCCCAGUAGGUUCAACUUGCUUGAGCGCAGUACAAGAGUUGUCUCGUAUAUCGCAUGAAGUUCGCACAGGCGCUACCAGUCUGGAGGUCAUUAACCUCAAACAGUCUUUGCCUGUAUCUACUGGAGAACUACUGCAACUUUUGGACAAAAUGGACCAGUACAAGGCAGAACUAAAUACCCAGAAGAAAAUUACCGAUAUCGCGAAUUUCAAAUCGGAAUUCGCGAUCGUAUACGAGCGCAAGCAGACCGAGCGAAAACGGGACAAAUACAAGCGAUUAUUGUCAUUUGAGAACCUCGCUUUGUAUCCAGAUUACCAAAGGAGGUUGUUGGUUCUGAAGGAACUCAAUUAUAUUGAUGAACAUGACAGCGUUAUACUGAAAGGCCGUGUGGCAUGCGGUAUGGGCACGAACGAGCUCAUAAUCUCCGAACUAGUGUUCCGAAACGUAUUCACGGAUAAGAGUCCAGCGGAAAUCGCGGCCCUUCUCAGCUGUUUCGUGUUCCAAGCAAGAACAGCCAUUGAGCCCGCGCUGACGGAGAAACUAGCGGAAGGAGUUAAAGCCAUUGAAGCCAUAGACGAGGAGCUUUUGAAAAUAGAACAUAAGUAUUUGGUAGACCAAUUCGAAGGACAGCCAGAGAGGCUGAACUUCGGCCUGGUACGAGUCGUAUACGAAUGGGCCCUGGAAAAGCCGUUCGCAGAAAUCAUGGAUCUCACCGACGUACAGGAGGGCAUCAUUGUUAGGUGUAUACAGCAAUUACAUGAGUUGCUGAUAGACGUGAAAGACGCGGCGGUCGCGGUCGGCGAUCCCAAGCUUCAGGCGAAGAUGAUGGAGGCGUCCACUGCCAUCAAACGAGACAUAGUAUUCGCGGCCAGUCUCUAUACUACGCAAAAAGAGGCCGUUAUGUCGUAACUCUCGGUUUUAAGACGAUUUUCUUGAAGUGUUAAAUAACCACUACCAAUAUUUUGAAUAUGAUUUUAAUAAAAUGUUAUUUUAAGUUU